UCGCGAGCUUUAUUACUCCAGCAGCUGCAGCAAACACACACACACUGACCCAGAAGCAGACGAGCUUACACACACUCUCUCGCUCAUUCAGUAACACACACAGAGGCGCGAUGGUGCGGACUAAAGCUGACGGAGUUCCCGGAACCUACAGGAAAGCUGUUGCCGCUUCCGCGCCCAGGAAGUCACUCGGCGCAUCCGGAUCCACGAACGCGCAGAGCGGCAGCGCGCAGUCGGGCACGCCUGCCAAGAAUAAAUACGCGGGGGGGAACCCUGUGUGUCCGCGGCCCACCCCAACCUGGCAGAAGGGCAUCGGGGAUUUCUUCGGUGGUCCGAGCAGAAAACCGGAGAAGGAGAAUCUUCAUCCUGAGGGAGAGGAGGAUGAGGAGGAGGCCGGCAGCAGCGGCGUCAGCAGAGCGCAGAGGAGGUCCAGGCCGAUCAUCGAGGAUGAGGAUGGUGAUGAUGAAUGAUCUCUCCGCUUGAGUUUUUCUUCAGUGUAAAUCUUUGUAAAUAGUUUUAAUGGACGCUUCACUGGUUUUGUACAGGAGUUUAAUAAACUGUUGAAUCUUC